AUGGCCGACGCAGAGGUGACAGUCGACGGAGGGGCGGAGAUGACGGCCGCCAAUGAUGUUUUGACCCCAGGCGACGGAACACUGCCAGAGGGUGCUGGAGAGGCUGUAAAGCCUGUUGCGAGAGGGGAGACAUCGCCAGCAGCGACGGGCAAGCGCCCAAUAGUCGACGCAGUGCAGGACCAAGGACAAGAAGAACAGGCUGAAGAGGACCUGCCUCCUCGCAAGAAAGCUAGGAAGGGUUCCUCGCUCAGCAGUGCAGAUGGCCAUACACCGACGAGCGUCGAUGAGGGAGAGAUCAGUUCACCAAGAACUGAGAAGAGAUCGACUUCGAGUCCAAGCGAUGGUGCUCAAGGCUCAGAGCAGCAAGGUGGCAAUCCCGACUUGUUGAUAUACAAUCCCUUAACGCCACAUCAGCGCGACGGGCUUGUGCAGGCUAUCCAAGCCGGUGAGGCAGAGACCGUUGCGCCUGUCAACAAACGAGACCUGCUGUGGACUGUGAAUCCUAUCAAGUCUGAAUAUGUCGUGGGCACUACCUGGUUGGAAAUAUUUGAAUCCAUCCUAGACAAGUGGUGUGAGGCGUUUGUGGCCCAGAACCAGGAAAAUAUAGAAAAGGUCGGCCUCGCACCGAGUUUCUUGAAGAAGGCAUUUAUGAGGCGGCUGGAGGGCGAUAUCACACCUGACAUGCCUCAGCUCAUGCACACCACUGCAAAGAAGCAUCUGAAGGACCCCGAAACCAGCCGCUUGCGAGACUUUGCAGGUGACUUCAAACCUGACCCAAAAAAGAUGGCCAAGAACCUGGCCAAAAAGCAGGCUAAGGAAGCCAAAGCGAAAGAGACCAAACGGCAACAACAGCCCAAUGUCACUUCGGACAAUCCAGUCCAACCCAACGAUGCCAACAAUGGAUCUGAAGUAGUUUCAAGCGAUCACGCUGCUGCUCAGCAGACACAAGACACCACGGUCGAGAAGGAGGAUGGCGAGGUUGACGAAGACCAAGCCAGUGAUGUCGAGAUGGACGCCGCCGCUACUGCCCCAGAGGAGAUAUCAGUCCCUCAAGCCGAACUCGACCAGCGACACCAUUACUACCCUGAAGUUCCAGACAACGCGGUCUUCUGCCUCACCUGCGCCCAGGCCGGCCAUUCCACAACAAGCUGCCCCGAGGCCAAAUGCAAGUUCUGUUCCGGUCCACACUUCAAUUACGAGUGCCCAACACGCCAACGGUGUAGCAAGUGCAGAAAGCUUGGGCAUACCAAAGCAAAGUGCUCAGAGAAGCUUGCGGCAGCCCCAGGCGAAGUCACAAUGGAGUGCGCCGUCUGCGAGGGCCAUGACCAUUCGGAGCAGAACUGCACCAGCCUCUGGCAGGUCUACCGGCCCCAGCCAGGCAAGGUCAAAAAGGUCAAGUCGCUGCCUAUUUUCUGUUACUGCUGCGGGGAAGAGGGCCACUAUGGUGGAGAUUGUGGCCUUGCAGACCUCAGUGUCCCUCCCACCAAGAUCUGGACUUAUUCGGUCGCCUCUCUGUACAUCGACCCCGCAAGCAACGAGGAAGCUCUCGCGUACAGGAACCCCCUCCCUCCUCCACCAACCAUCUCGGCGCCCGUGAUUCCCGGUCGCAGCAUCAAGCCACAGUCACAUAUUUUCUUCGAAGAGAGUGAUGACGAGGAUCACGCGGAUGCUCUUGUACGAGGUACCGCGGCUAGGCCCGCUCAGAAGCCCAUGGGCAAGAUCCAAAUCGCGUCCAACAUCAGCUUUGGUGGCCCCCCAGCAAUAUCUGCAGCAGGCCCGUCGAAUCCCAAGAAGCGGCAGCAGCCCCAGCAAAACACAAACAACCGCUAUCCUCGACGCGACCGGAACCCCUGGCCUGAUGAUUCUCGCCCCAUCCCUCCUCCUCUGCGGCAGGGAGGUAAGGACUACCCUCUGCGGAAUGGGAGAAAGGUCCCCAAGGCGGGCCAGGGCGAGCUUCGGUCUCAAGCUGCCGGAGGGUCUCAGCAAGGUGGUUCUCGUGGGGGUGGAGGAGGUAACAAUCGGGGCCGUGGCGGGUUUAGUAGCUUUAGCAAGCGGAAUCGUGGGCGCGGUUUUAAAUGA